ACAACAGAGACACCAACCACAACAACAGCAGCUCCAACCACAACCACAGCAUCUCCGACCACAACAGUUGCUCUAACCACAACUACAAUAGCUCCAACCACAACCACAGAGACACCAACCACAACAGCAGCUCCAACCACAACAACAGUUGCUCCAACCACAACAACUGUACCUCCGACGACAACAACAGUUGCUCCAACCACAACAAUAAUUCCUUCAACCACAACAGCUGCACCAACCACAACCACAGCAGCUCCAACCACAACAACAGUAGCUCCAACCACAACAGUUGCUCCAACCACAACCACAGCAGCUCCGACCACAACCACAGCUGCUCCAACAACAACAACAAUUCCUUCAACCACAACAGCUGCACCGACCACAACCACAGCAGCUCCAACCACAACAACAGAAGCUCUAACCACAACAACAGCAGCUACAACCACAACCACAGCUGCUGCAACCACAACAGCUUCUCCAACCACAACAGCUACUCCAACCACAACAACAGUUCCUUCAACCACAGCAGCUGCACUAACCACAACCACAGCAGCUCCAACCACAACCACAGCGGCUGCAACCACAACUACAGUAGCUCCAAACACAACAACAGAGACACCAACCACAACAACAGCAGCUCCAACCACAACCACAGCUGCUGCAACCACAACAGCUUCUCCAACCACAACUACAGUAGCUCCAACCACAACAACAGAGACACCAACCACAGGUGCUCCAACCACAACCACAGCUGCUCCAACCACAACAUCAAUUCCUUCAACCACAACAACAAUUCCUUCAACCACCACAGAGACACCAACCACAACAACAGAAGCUCCAACCACAACAACAGUUGCUCCAACCACAACAACUGUACCUCCGACGACAACAACAGUUGCUCCAACCACAACCACAGCUGCUGCAACCACAACAGCUUCUCCAACCACAACCACAGUACCUCCGACCACAACAACAGUUGCUCCAACCACAACAAUAAUUCCUUCAACCACAACAGCUGCACCAACCACAACCACAGCAGCUCCAACCACAACAACAGUAGCUCCAACCACAACAGUUGCUCCAACCACAACCACAGCAGCUCCGACCACAACCACAGCUGCUCCAACAACAACAACAGAAGCUCUAACCACAACAACAGCAGCUACAACCACAACCACAGCUGCUGCAACCACAACAGCUUCUCCAACCACAACAGCUACUCCAACCACAACAACAGUUCCUUCAACCACAGCAGCUGCACUAACCACAACCACAGCAGCUCCAACCACAACCACAGCGGCUGCAACCACAACUACAGUAGCUCCAAACACAACAACAGAGACACCAACCACAACAACAGCAGCUCCAACCACAACCACAGCUGCUGCAACCACAACAGCUUCUCCAACCACAACUACAACAACAACCACAACAACAGUUGCUCCAACCACAACAAUAAUUCCUUCAACCACAACAGCUGCACCAACCACAACCACAGCAGCUCCAACCACAACAACAGAAGCUCUAACCACAACUACAGUUGCUCCAACCACAACAACAGAGACACCAACCACAACAACAGCAGCUCCAACCACAACAACACUUGCUCCAACCACA